UCACCUCAGUUACUCCCCAGCCCGCCGCCUGUCCUUCGCCCUCGCCCUCGCCCUCGCCCUAGCGCCACCGCUGCGCCGCCCUCUAGCGCCCGCCGUGCCGUUCCUGCUGGAGUCCCGCUGCGCCGCUCCCUAGCGCUGUGCGCCAUCGUCCACUCAUCGCAUACGCAGCGCGUUGCCUGUCCAUGCCCUCGCCCUAGCGCCGGUGCUGCACCACCGCCUAUCGCCUACCGCUCCCAAACGAGCACACUGCUCUCGGACAAGAGCACAGGUGCCGUGGUCUUCCUCGUCGCCUGCAACUUUCUGGAACCUCUGAAGCUGUCCCAGGCUUCACUUGGUCUAUCCGGGGAUUGUUAAACAAUUAACAGUUCUGUAGCCUUAUAAGAAUUGAAAAAAGGUUGUAUCAGUUUAUCUUGACUCAGGAGCUUUAUUAAUUGAUAAUUUGAAAUCAUUGACAUAUGGAGUCCCAGAAGUGUUUUCUGAUAACUUACUCCCAGGAGAUUGUAGAUGGAGUGCCUCUGUAUGUUUCAUCAAACUGCCUGCCUGUAAAAGCUUUGAAAUAUGAACCUGCUGGUCAUUCAUUCCAUGCUGCGGCAAUGAAGCUUCUUGGUCUUGCGGAGCAUGAAGACAUAGAAACUGAUGAUCGCAGCGUUUCAUCGGAUGACAAAAGCCAAGAUUUUAACGCUGGUUCUCAUACCUUUAGCAGCAAAGGGAAGAAGAAGUCAUCUGGCAGUCAACAGCAGGAUCACUAUGCGUUGCUUGGGUUGGGACACUUGAGGUUCUUGGCCACUGAAGAUCAGAUUCGGAAAAGUUACCGUGACAUGGCUCUCAAACAUCAUCCAGAUAAGCAGGCUGCCCUGAUUCUCGCAGAGACAACAGAGGAGGCAAAACAAGCAAAAAAGGAUGAGAUAGAGAGCCAUUUCAAGGCCAUUCAGGAGGCCUAUGAAAUCCUCAUAGACCCUACAAAGAGGAGGAUUUAUGACUCUACAGAUGAGUUUGAUGAUGAUGUCCCGACAGACUGUGCCCCACAAGACUUCUUCAAGGUAUUUGGCCCAGCCUUCAUGAGAAAUGGACGCUGGUCUGUUACCCAGCCGAUUCCUUCUCUUGGACAUGACACUACUCCUGUAGAGGAGGUUGAUAAGUUCUACAAUUUCUGGUACAACUUCAAGAGUUGGAGGGAAUUUCCAGAUGAUGAUGAGUAUGAUUUGGAGCAAGCUGAAUCUCGUGAACAUAAGAGAUGGAUGGAGAGGCAGAAUGCAAAGCUACAAGAGAAGGCCAAAAAGGCGGAAUAUGCGCGAGUACGCACACUUGUAGACAAUGCUUAUAAGAAAGACCCAAGGAUCCAAAGGAGGAAAGAGGAGGAGAAAGCUGAGAAACAGAGAAGAAAGGAGGCGAAAUAUUUGGCAAAGAAAUUACAAGAAGAGGAAGCAGCAAGAGCUGGUGAAGUGGAAAGGAUAAGGAAAGAAGAAGAGUCUAAGAAAGCUGCAGAAGCUGCCCUACAUCAGAAGAAGCUAAAGGAGAAAGAGAAGAAGCUGCUCCGCAAAGAGAAAACUCGUUUGCGCAUUCUUGCAGCACCUGUGGUUGCAGAUAGCCACUUUGGUCUAUCAGAGGCAAAUGUUGAAUCAACAUGUGCUUCACUUGAUAUGGAACAGCUGAAGAAGCUGUGUGAUGGAAUGGAUGGUAAGGAUGCAGCUGAAAAGGCCAGGUUGCUAAGCAAUGCACUUCGCAAUGAAAGUUCCUCAAAGGAAGCAAAGAAAAUUGAAGCAAAUGGUGUGGAGCGUUCUGCUCCAAAAUCCAACUCUACAGGAGGUAGAGUGACAGAAGGCAGUAGCAGCAUAUUGAACAGCUAUGAAAAAAAAGAGAGACCAUGGGGAAAGGAAGAGAUUGAGAUGCUUAGGAAAGCAAUCCAAAAGUAUCCUAAGGGAACUUCGAGGAGAUGGGAGGUUGUUUCUGAAUUUAUUGGGACUAGCAGAUCGGUUGAGGAAAUUCUCAAGGCCACGAAGACUGUUCUUCUGCAAAAGCCAGACUCAUCGAAAGCUUUCGACUCUUUCCUUGAGAAGCGCAAACCGACCCAAUCUAUUGCUUCGCCUCUUUCGACCCGAGAUGAAAUUAGUUCCUCAACUGAGGGAGCUGAGACUGCAUUGUCAAAGGCUGCGGCACAACCUGCAAGUACCCAGACAGCCAAUGGGAAAGCUGUUGCUGAUCCUGUUCCGGAUGGAGCACCAUCCGUGUCAGAUCCAGAUGCCUGGACAGAGGCACAGGUCCUAGCUCUACUCCAAGCUUUGAAGGCUUUUCCCAAGGAUGCAAGCCAAAGAUGGGAGCGUGUGGCUGCUGCUGUCCCAGGUAAAACUGUCGUCCAGUGCAAGAAAAAGGUUGCAGCAAGGAGAGAGAAUUUUCGGAGCAAGAAAAGUGGCGAGUAGACUGAGCCACUGAGGCAUUGCCUCACUGGAAGUACAUUUUGCAAGAGAGUCUCUGGAUGGCAAUAUUUGUAGAAUGGAUUCAGCAUCUUAGCUCAGUAUUGCUUGGCGAACCUCUCAUGCCACCAGUGAUGAGGAUAAUUUUGUUAUGGAGCUGUGAGAACUCAUUUAUUGUGCUAGGCCACCAGGGUUGUUUUACUUUGGUCAGCCUUAGGAGGAUGCCAUUGAAGCUCACCUACUGUUGAUGUUGAUGGACUGAUGAUUGGCCUUUUGAAGCAGUGGUUCGUGUGGGAUUUUGUUCCGGCUGGCUCCUGGGUUGUCUGCAUUGCUGGAAGCCAUUGAUACCUUGCAUUAGUGUACUGGUUCGGUAAAAAUGUGGAGAACCAUAUAUGUUUUUAUUCAUUAAUAUAGUAACUAUAAGAUAGGCAUAUCUGUUACAUCGCAAGACCUGUUAUCGAAUCGAGCAUUAUUUUUCCUGGCCCCACGUUGUGGUGGCUAGCUAUGUUUAGCAUUUUCAAUGCUACUACUUUAUCCAUAGAAAGAGUUGCCGUCGGGCUCAUGCUGGUCAAA